CAAUUACAAUUCACUUUCACAGAACAUAAACUAAACUAUCGAUACCUGCCUCACGGCUCUCACCCUCACACCUUAGCAGGAUUCACGCUGCCCUCACCCUCACUACGUCGGCACAUCAGCAACCGCCCUCAGCCGCCGACAAGCCUUCAUCCUCCCCCUCCCUCCUACGCGACACCUCACAGGCUCACAGCAUCUCCUUCUCUCAUCCUCCUCGAUUGUUCAAGGAAAAAAGCUGCUGAUAAAGAGAAGGAACACCUUAAAAAGGUAUCAUCUAUGUACGAAAACUGUUUCUAGUUAAGUGGAUCAAUUAAAUUUUAUGGAGACCAAAUGAAUAACAAUUGAGUCGUUGCAAUGCAAAUGCUUAUUCCACAAGUCCCAAACCUCCGUCUCCUCUUCUUUUCCCCUUUCCCUCGUCUCUCCUCCCUCUCUCCUCUCACCCUUAAACCCUAUAAACCCCGCUCUCUCUUCACCGCCCUCGCCUCCUCCUACCGAAAACGACACCGUCCCCUUCCCAACAACCACCCUCCCAACCUCCGUGCCAGGAACACAAGCACUCUCAGAGAGAGUGGAGGAGGCAGAGACGAAGCAAUGGAGGAGGCCACAGAGGCUAAGAAGGCUGACACUGCUGGGUUCAACAAGCGAAGAGCUGAGGGCAACGACAAGAAUGAUAGGCCGAAGAAGAACCUUCAGCGGAAAGUGCGCUCCCUUAAUCCCAUCAAUACCCUAUCUUAUGUGCAGAUACUAGGGACUGGAAUGGAUACUCAUGAUACUUCUCCUUCAGUGUUGCUAUUCUUUGACAAACAGAGAUUUAUAUUUAAUGCUGGAGAGGGUUUGCAAAGGUUCUGCACAGAACAUAAGAUUAAGUUGUCAAAGAUUGAUCACAUUUUUCUCUCUCGUGUCUGCUCAGAGACUGCAGGUGGACUUCCAGGUUUGCUGUUAACUUUGGCUGGCAUGGGUGAAGAAGGAAUGUCUGUCAAUGUAUGGGGUCCGUCAGAUCUCAAGUAUUUGGUAGAUGCCAUGAGGUGUUUCAUCCCAAAUGCUGCCAUGGUUCACACUCGGAGCUUUGGGCCGACUCUCGGUUCUGUGGGGGGUUUUAUGGAUGAUCAAACUAAGUUUAAAGAGCCGAUUGUUCUUGUUGAUGAUGAGGUUGUCAAAAUAUCAGCCAUUCUUCUACUCCCAAAUUUCUCAAAAGGGACUCGGCUCCCAAAUGAAGUAACCAGUACACAGAAUCCAACAGAAAAGGUUCUUGAUGAUAGGAUGGAUCAUGCUUCACAACCCUUUAAAGUAAAUGGCAACGGUAGACCUAAUGCAAAGCCUGGUGACAUGUCUGUCGUUUACAUCUGUGAAUUACCUGAGAUUAAAGGGAAAUUUGACCCUGAAAAAGCUAAGGCUUUGGGUCUUAAACCUGGGUCAAAAUAUCGGGAACUGCAACUUGGAAAUUCUGUGCACUCAGAUUUUCAAAAUAUCACGGUUCAUCCAAGUGAUGUAAUGGAACCCUCCAUUCCUGGUCCGAUUGUAUUACUUGUAGACUGCCCAACGGAGUCUCAUUUGGAGGAGCUGGUAUCCAUAAAAUGUCUCAGUCGCUAUUAUGUGGAUUUCUCGGGCCCGCCUGAGAAUGCUAAGGGCGUGACUUGUGUCAUUCAUUUGGGUCCUGCAUCUCUAAUUAGCAGUCCGAACUACCAGAGCUGGAUGAAGAGAUUUGGUUUAGCCCAACAUAUCAUGGCUGGGAAUGAAAGGAAGAAUGUGGAGAUUCCAAUCCUAAGAGCGAGUGCAAGAAUUGCAGCUCGACUUAACUAUCUAUGUCCACAGUUCUUUCCAGCUCCAGGUUUUUGGUCUCUUCAGAACCUUGAUUGUUUGGCACCAGAAUCCACUGCUUCAAGUGAGGGUUCUGUUUCAAAGUCUUGUGAAAGCAUUUCCGCUGAAAACCUCCUCAAGUUCACUUUGCGUCCAUUUGCUCGUCUUGGAUUAGAUAAGUCCGUUAUUCCAAGUCAAGUGGCUUCCUCAGACAUCAUUGAUGAGUUAAUUUCAGAGAUUCCAGAGGUUGUAGACGCUGCCCAUUGUGUUAGUCGGUUCUGGCACCAGUCUGCAGAAAUAAACGGAGAGAUAAGUUUAGCUAAAGACAAUGAAGUUUUGGUUGAAGAGCCAUGGUAUAAUGAGAAUACGCUUCCUAGUUGUUUGGAAAAUAUAAGGAGAGAUGACUUGGAGAUAGUUCUUUUAGGGACUGGAUCAUCUCAGCCAUCUAAGUAUCGCAAUGUCACUUCUAUCCAUAUCAAUCUAUUCUCCAAAGGAGGUUUACUUUUAGAUUGCGGUGAAGGAACACUGGGACAGCUGAAAAGAAGAUAUGGUGUAGAAGGUGCUGAUAAUGCUGUGAGAGGUCUUAGCUGUAUAUGGAUUUCUCAUAUUCAUGCUGAUCACCAUACCGGGUUGGCAAGAAUACUUACUCUACGACGUGAUUUGUUGAAGGGGGUGCCUCAUGAGCCAUUACUUGUUGUUGGACCGAGAAAGCUUAAGUUCUUUUUGGAUGCAUACCAGAGACUCGAAGAUUUAGAUAUGCAGUUCCUUGAUUGUAAGCACACCACAGAAGCGUCUUUACUUGCUUUUGAGGGUGUUACUGAACUCAAUAGGGACUACUCUUCUCCAGCAAGUCCAACCCGUUUUGAGGACAUGAGCAUUAAAAAUACAGAGAGGCAAUUAGCGGAGAGAGUUGAUUCCACUCUAUUUGCUAAAGGAUCCCGUAUGCAGAGCUAUUGGAAGAGGCCGGGUAGUCCUAUUGACAACAGCGUAGUUCCAAUUGUAAAGAGCUUGCAAAAAGUGCUCAAUGAAACUGGUUUGGAAGCCUUGAUUAGUUUUCCUGUCAUCCACUGUCCGCAGGCAUUUGGUGUUGUCUUGCAAGCUUCAGAGAGAUUGAAUAGUGUUGGAAAAAUGAUUCCAGGUUGGAAGGUUGUAUACUCAGGUGACACUAGGCCCUGUCCGGAACUUAUAGACGCAUCUCGUGGUGCAACAGUUCUAAUUCAUGAGGCAACUUUUGAGGAUGGCAUGGUGGACGAGGCUGUAGCAAGAAACCAUAGCACAACAAAGGAAGCCAUAGAAGUUGGGAACUCUGCUGGAGUUUAUCGUAUCAUCCUCACUCACUUCAGCCAGCGAUAUCCUAAAAUCCCAGUACUUGAUGAUACACACAUGCAUAAGACAUGCAUUGGAUUUGACAUGAUGAGUAUUAACAUUGCUGAUUUGCCUGUGGCCCCAAAGGUACUUCCAUACUUGAAACUGCUUUUUAGAGAUGAGAUGAUUGUUGAUGAGGAAGAUGAGUUGAUAGAGGCUGCAAGUGUGGCUUCUUGAUAAGAAAGUACGUCAUUUUCUCUUGUAAUUUCCUUAUUCUUUCAAUACUUAAUGUGUUAUGAAUUCAGAAGCAAAAGUGGUUGUGCA